AACCAGAUGUUUGUUUUGUGGAAUUAGGGUUUUGAAAUCUGUACCCUUUAUAACAUCGCAAACUCAACCAGACAGCAGAGAUAUUGACCAGACUGCACUUCUUCAACUCUCCAUAACAGUUUGAACUGAAGAUUUAAUCAACAAAAAUCAUGGCUGGUGAAGAUGGUGUUGUUCCAGUUGAGGCAGCUGCACCCGCACCUGCACUCGGUGAGCCAAUGGACACUAUGACUGCCUUGCAGCUUGUGCUUAGAAAAUCACUGGCUCAUGGUGGUCUUGUCAGGGGGCUUCAUGAGGCUGCAAAAGUGAUUGAGAAACAUGCUGCACUACUUUGUGUCUUGGCCGAGGACUGUAACCAACCAGAUUAUCAAAAGUUAGUCAAAGCUCUUUGUGCUGACCACAACGUGAGCUUGAUUACCGUUCCUAGUGCUAAGACCCUUGGCGAGUGGGCUGGUUUGUGCAAGAUAGAUUCGGAAGGCAAGGCAAGAAAGGUUGUUGGCUGCUCGUGCCUUGUUGUGAAGGAUUAUGGAGAGGAAAGUGAAGGUCUACACAUUGUCCAGGAGUAUGUCAAGUCUCACUAGAUAUGUAACAAGUGCUCAAAGUAUUUCAUGUGUGAUUGUUUAUCAACUCUUUUUACUUGGAUGAACAUUUCUUGUAGCAAAUUUUGGAUCAUUAAAACGAGUUCUCUCUUUAUAUUUUAAUUUGUCAAGCGUUCUAUCA